CAAAUGAUGUUAUGUAUACGCAGCUAUGGAUGCGAUCCAUUUGCUGUUACAAAUACUUGGAAGUAUUUGAUUAACCAAUCGGAAUAAAAAUAUUAUGAAUUGACCAAUUGAAAAAUACUUUAAAGCAUUUGUAGCAUCAAGUGGAUCGCACCCCAGAUUGUGCGAAAUCUUCGUGAGAGUACGCCUGCCCGAUGCGUGGGUGGGUAGUAUGUUUUCAAAAAUGUAGAAGGAAUAUGUGAGAGGAGUACUUGUGGCUUGGAGUAGCUGAUGGUGACGAGACUGGUAACAACGAAAAAGAGAGACAUGCGAUAGAGUGAGAUAGUACGGAAAAUUGUAUUGAGUAGAAUCAAAAGCGACUCGAAAAGUCCUUUGAUAUUUAUCGGCGAAAUGAAAACGGUGAAAAUGAACGCGUUGCUGUGGACAGUCGCUGCUUUGAGUGCGUGUAUCAUUCAUGCCUUUAAUUUAGAGCCACGAAUACCUAUUGUUAAAAAGGGCUUACCGGGCUCAUAUUUUGGUUACUCCGUAGCCGAACAUGUAGAAGUUGAUAGUCACGUGUUAUCCAAAUCGACGAGUUGGAUGCUAAUUGGUGCACCGUUGGAUCAAAAUCGACAACCGGGUACAAAUAGAUCAGGAGCAUUAUGGCAGUGUCCAUUAAGUACAUAUACAAGGGAUUGUACUCAAGUUAUUACAGAUGGACGGAUGAUGGACGAUGGUCUAUUAAACAGACCAUACGAAUCGUACGAUUCAAAUUUAGAAUCAGAUGAUUUGAUACCACCGGGAAAUGAUGAAAUAAAAGAUAAUCAAUGGUUAGGAGUUACUGUGCGUAGUCAAGGAGUAGGAGGUAAAGUUAUGGUAUGCGCGCAUCGGCAUAUUGUUAAAACAGCCGAUUCACAAUGGGGUCAAGGUCAAUGUUACAUAUUAUCGCAAGAUUUAAAAUAUGAUGAUCUAAAGAAACCAUGUUCUGGAAAGCCUACUAAUAAAGCCCACGAACAAUUUGGUUACUGUCAAGCUGGAACUAGCGGUCUCUUAACUGCUGAAGAUCGUGUAGUUAUUGGUACUCCAGGUCCUCAUACAUGGCGAGGGACCCUGUAUUUAUUCACUAUUUCCGAUGAAUUUUUAAGUAGGGACAAUACAGUUUACAAUGCGCCGAUGCAAGACUUUUCACCUGUAAAUAAAUAUAGCUAUCUCGGGAUGUCUGUGGCUGUUGGAAAUUUCUUUGGCAAGGAUUUGGCUUACGCAGCAGGUGCACCCCGUUCUAAUGGUACAGGUCAAGUAAUUUUGUUUACCAGACGUGAUUUUAAACCGGACAUGGAUGUUGCUCUUAUUUUGGAUGGCGAACAAUUCGCCUCAAGCUAUGGAUACGAAAUCACAUCAGCCGACAUAAACGGAGACAAGGUAACUGAUUUAAUCGUAGCAGCACCAUUUUAUUUCAAUAAAGCAGAAGGUGGAGCUGUCUAUAUUUAUACAAUGUUAGAUAUAUGUAGGACUGUUAAAGACGACGAAAAGUGUUCUCCAAUCAAGCUCGUUGGUCAUGAGGAAUCAAGAUUUGGAUUUGCAUUAACAAAUUUGGGCGAUUUGAAUAAGGAUGGAUUCGAAGAUAUUGCAAUUGGCGCUCCGUAUGAGGGAAAAGGGACAGUUUAUAUAUAUCUAGGCUCCAAAAAUGGUAUAAUUAAAACACCAUCGCAGAUCAUUCAUGCCGAAGAUAUGCCUACGCCAUUGAAAACAUUUGGUUACUCACUAAGCGGCGGAAUUGAUAUGGACGAAAAUGGUUAUUCGGAUCUGUUGAUCGGAGCGUAUGAGAAUGAUGCAGUCGUACUUCUUCGUUCUAAAAAAAUAAUUGAUAUAUCUACUUAUAUACGCUAUACAAAGAAGGAUGGGGUAUAUCAGGAUACAAUAGAGCCUAUUGAUCCCAACAAAAUUGGAUGUUUAGCCGAUCCAGAUUCAAACCUUACAUGUUUCUCCUUUGAGGCUUGCUGUAAAACAGAAUCAUUAGCGAAGGAAGACUCUAUGCAAAAUUUGAGAUUAAACUACUACAUCGAAGCGGAAACUUAUACCGGAACUAAGAAAUUCUCAAGGGUUUGGUUUAAUGCCAACAAUAAUGCACGUCCUCAUUAUGUUAAUCGAACAGUUACUUUAUAUGGCACAAAGCUGGUACACUGCCAAAAGGAGAUUGUUUAUUUGAAGGAAAAUACGCGCGACAUUCAAACUCCUAUUAAAUUUCGUCUGAAUUAUUCAUUGAUACAAGAAGAACCAGUCAUGCCUCUGGAAGGAGCUCCUUUGCCCGAUAUGAAAAAUUAUCCAAUACUUAAUCAACAAGAAGCCGCGCGCGUAUUCGAAGCUGUUUUUCAGAAAGACUGUGGAAACAACGAUAUCUGCGAAAGUGAUUUGCAAGUGGUAACCAAGCUGAAUUUGUCUGCUUCCUCCAUAAAACCAGACUUUUACGAGCUGCUCUUGGGAGAAAGAGAAGAGAUAGUUGUCGAAGUGAAUGUGGUAAACAUUGGCGAGUCUGCAUACGAGGCUCAAUUAUUUAUCAUUCACUCACAAAGUUUGAACUAUAUCGCCAGUAAGAGCAACGAUUCUGUGAUCUGCAAUCUGUACAAUGCCACUAUGGUAUCGUGCUCUAUUGGCAAUCCGUUCAAAAAAGAUAAAACAGUGGACAUACAAGUGAGAUUCGAUCCCAAGGGCCUCGAGGAUAACGAGUCGCAAUUGAAUUUCACGAUCUUUGCAAAUUCCACAUCGAAAGAAAUCAAAGAGAAGCAACCUACAGUGCUGCAAGCUACUGUGUUAAAACGCGCCGAACUCUCGAUCAAAGGAAAUGCGAAAACUCAAUGGGCCUUUUACGGUGGUCCAAUAGUUGGAGAAUCUGCGAUAAAACAUCUGAAUGAGGUAGGACCAAAAGUGUCACAUAUUUAUGAAGUGUUCAAUGAAGGCCCAUGGAAAGUCAGUACAGUCGAAGUGCGCAUUUCAUGGCCUUACGAGGUCGCAAACGACAAAGCGCAUGGCAAAUGGCUGCUAUACAUGGAAGAGAUGCCGACUAUCCAAACUUUAGGAGAUGGCGAAUGUAUAUUGCCAUCAGGACAUGUGGUAAAUCCAUUAAAACUUCAAGAUAAUGUCAAUUUGGACGAUAUUGAUAGCAUUAUGCAACCUUUAACUCCGACAAAUUUUUUCAAUUAUACUAACCAUAUAAGAAUAACUCGAGAUACGGAGAAAGUUGUAAAUACGCGAACGAUUAUCGACAAGGACGGACAUCGUCAUCGUGUUGUUGCAAUGAAUUGCAAAGCUGGCACAGCAAAAUGUUUUGACAUUAUAUGUUAUAUAUAUAAUUUACAGAGGAAACAAGAAGCCAUUAUAACAGUUAAAGCGAGACUUUGGAAUUCUACUUUAGUCGAAGACUACCCAAAAGUAGAUAUGGUUAAAAUAGGCUCUAACGCUAGGAUAGUGAUACCCUCGAACAUUGUGAUACAACAAGAAAACUUAAAGGAUGAUUACGCAAUUGCUGAGACAAUCGCUUAUCCAGAUCUAUUGGAUCAACAAGAAGCUGAGCCCGUCCCAGUGUGGAUAUAUAUAGUGGCCGCAGUAGCGGGUAUGUUACUCUUUAUUCUCCUUACAUUAUUAUUGAGGAAAGUAGGCUUCUUCAAAAGGCGACGGCCGGAUCCAACUUUAUCUGGAAAUCUCGAAAAGCACAGAGAUGAUAAUCCUGAAAAUGAAGCAUUAUUUAAACAUUAAGCAUAAAAUCGAAAUAUAUACAUAUAGAAACAUAAUAAAUUGUCAUGAUUACUUAAGACUAAGUACUUAUGAUGAAAAGAGAGAAAAAAGAUAUAACAUAAAUAUUUAUGCACGCGAUUCAUUUCUGAUUAUAUACUGCCCAAGUUUAAAAUGCAUAUUUUGUAUGCACAAGUAAAUACAAGAUUGAUAAAAUAGUUUGUGAUAUUGUUAUAUUAAAUAUACUUUAUGCGCAUGUGCAUAAAUCUUUCUCGAAGACGUAUUCAAAUUAUAUGUAUAUAUGCACAAGCGUCGUAAAUGUCUCAACAUUUAUUGUUCUUUAGAAAGAAAAAUGCGUAUUGUAUUUGGACAGUUACAAAUCAUAACUCUCUAUAACAAAGAAUUAGGCAACACACGAAGCAA